AUGAUUGAAUUUAAUUUCAACGACGAUUACAAUUUGCAAGGUUUAAUCCCAACACGUAUCAAGUCUGUUGAAGCUAAAAAUUCAUCUUUGUUGAAAAAGGUUGAAGCUGAUCAAGCCGAAAUAGAUAUUCUUAAAGUUCGAAUAGCUGAAUUGGAAGAAGAAAAGACUCGAAGAGAUGAGCAGAAUGAGUACUUUAAGUUGAAAAACAAAGAGUUAGAAGCCAAGAAUGCUAAGAAAGAACAUGAAGAUUAUAUGUUAAAGAAAGUGAUUGUAGACUUGAUUGGUAAAUCAAUUGAACAAAGAUUUGAAGAGAAAGAACUUGAAGAAGUAAGAGCAAGACGUAAAGCUGAAAUGAAAAAUAAGGGUAAAGGUGUUCCAGUUAAAGGUGUUGUUCAAGUAACUGAAAGGGCAAUUGUUCCGACAAAAGUUCCUGAAUCGUCUAUUCUAGAUCCUUAUCCCAUAACUUCAGUAUCUGGUGAGAUUAAUGACAAUGAUGAAGAUGAUGAAGAAGACGAAGAUGAUAAUCUGAAAGAUGUUGCAGAUGAAGUGUAUUCUGUUCAUAGUGAUGAUGAUGAUGAUGGUAAUGAUGAUGAUGAUCAAGGUACUUCGGGUAUCAAAGUGUGUGAAGCAUCAAAUGAAGAGAAUAUUGAUGAUUAUCUUCAAGAUGAUGCAAAUGAAGAAUCUAAAAAUGCAGGAGGAGAGGGGGAGCAUGAUGAUGCUGAAAAAGUUGAUGAGAAUGUUGAUAAGGGUACAAGUUUAAUUCUACGUCUUGAACACGAUGUAGAAGAAGGAGAGAUCUUGCAUACUUAUACUCGAGCUGAAAUCGUUAAGAUGAUGGUCAUUGAAGAAAGUGACUUUAACUUCGAUUUUGAAGAAGAGUUGAACAAGUUUGAUAUCAAUCAGCAACCUGAAUAUCAGUACAAGUACGUUGAAGAAGCUGAUAACUAUGACAAAGUGGAAAUAGAAGAGUGGAGUGAAGAUGAUCAGUCUGAGAAUGUUAACGUUGAUACUUCUAGUUUUCCAACUCUUGCUGAGUUUUUCAGUCAAGAAAAUGAGGAUGAAUUGAGAAGAAAAGUGGCAGAAAGUGUUAAAAAUAAAAGUUUUCAAGAAAUGUCGAAAGAAGAACAACGCGAAGAAAGAAAGAAGUGGUUCAGGAAGGAUACAGAAAGAAAAUUCAAAAGACCACUGCAGUAUUACAGAAGUGAUAAGGAUGUUUCUUUGGGUAAUAUCAUAAGUUGGGGUUAUUUGCCACAAGUCAACGCUUAUGCAAUCAGAAGAGAAUUUGGCGUUCAGUAUUUCAAGUAUAUUCAAGAUAUAAUGUCUCUGCCUUGGUGGGAUGUUGAAGAGUUGCCCAAAGUCAGAACGUUAUCAUAUCCGAAAGGUAUAAAUUCUGAAAAUAUGUGGUUAUCAAUGUGGAGAAAGAUUGAAAAGGAAGAGUUUAUGAAAGCUGAGAAGGAGAGAAAAGAGCGAGAAGAAAAGGAUAGGAUUGCUAGAUUUACAUGUGUGCAAAGACUAGCUGAGGAAGAAAAGAAAGCUGCGAAAGAGAAGGAACAACUCAGGAAAGCGUUAUUGAGAAAGCCGAAGCAAAGAGAAGAGUUUUUCAAGUCUUUGUGA